GCGGGACGCGACUGGGACGUCGCGGGGAAUCCGCGGUCAUCGGCGGCCGCGUGCGUCCUGGGGCCGCCGGGACUGGUUCGGGGUGCGGGGGAAAGCGGGAGUGUGCCCGGCGGGCACUGGGGAGGUCGCGCAGCGCUCCGUUAACGCCGCCGCCCGUCCCCGCAGGUGCCGCCCGUCGCCCGUCGCCAUGCCUCGCAAAAUCGAAGAGAUCAAGGACUUCUUGCUGACAGCGCGGCGCAAGGACGCCAAGUCUGUCAAGAUCAAGAAAAACAAGGACAACGUGAAGUUCAAAGUGCGCUGCAGCAGAUACCUGUACACGUUGGUCAUCACGGACAAGGAGAAGGCCGAGAAGCUCAAGCAGUCGCUUCCCCCAGGCCUGGCAGUGAAGGAACUGAAGUGAAGAGGUGCCGCUGGAAUUGCAUUAAAGUUUUUAAAUGA